CCCAGUGCUGCCCGCGGGGCCUGCCCGCGCGGCUCCCCGGGGGCAGGAGCGGGGCUGGCGCCCCCCGCACCUACCUGCGCGGCCCGGGGGGCGGCGGUGGCCCGCCGGAGGGGCGGGCGGGGAGCGCGGCGCUUACCAUGGAGGGGGGCGAGGGCGGCGCGGCGCUCGGCGGCUGCCUCCUCCGCGGGGCGCACGGCGGGGCCGCGGCCGCCAUUUAAAGGGGCCGGCGCCGGCCGCGCCGCCGGCCCGCGGCGGGAGGGGGUUGCCAAGGGCGAGCGGCAACGCCGCUCGGGGGAGCGGGAGCCGUCAUGGGGGGCGGAGAGGGCGGUGGCGCCUCCCAGUCCCCCCCCCCGGCCGGCUCCGGCGACCCCUCUGCGCCUUCCACAAGAGUUAACCGGGAGCCGGUGGAAAGUUUGAGGGCUGUGGCAGGAAGAACUCCUGGCAGCGGGGAGCCGGGGAGGGCGGGGGGGCGGUGUUCGCUGCCUCCAUCCCCGGGGAUUUCCCCGUGCGCGCAGCCCCGGCAGUGGGUUCAACAGCGCCCGGGCAGCAAAAAGGUUCCCAAAUCCUAAAUUCUUGGGAUUCGACGGGAAACAUCGCCGGGAGGCCGCUCCAGGGGGACACCUAGGGGGAGAGGGGGAAGGCUGGCUGCGGGCUCAGCGGAGGAUGAGGUGACAUAAAGGAAGUCAAUGCGGGAAACCCAGGGUAUCGUUUUUGAAGCUGCUGAGCAGCGCCAGGUGGUUUCUGCCCCAAGCUGUGAGCACACGGAGGUUGGGAAAGCUGGAGUCCGUCUUAGACUGCAGCAAACGAUGCCUCUCAAGUCAGGGGACCCAACCAGUGUGAUGAUGGCUCACAGACUUGUGCCCUCAGGUCACUUUACGGAAGAAGAAGAGCCCUGUGAGGUGCAAAGAAAUCUCCACCUUGCUGGGCAGCUGCCUGGUAGAUGAUGAAAAGGGACGGAUGGACGGAUGGAUGGAUGGGCAGCCAAGGGAAGGAAGGGUAGAGCAGACUGCAGUGACAGCACUGUUUCUUCCUGCUGUCCCCUUUCUCUCCAGGGAUUUCCCUGAAAGCAUGUGAAGGCUCUCCCUGAAACGACAUCUCAGGGCCCUGUGAUAUCUGCCCUCUGAUACAUUAGCAAAGGUAUCAGUGAAGUCCCAGUGGCUGAUGUCCCCUCCGAGCUGUUGGCCCAGACAGGAAAGUUUUAAUGCAAGAGACUGUGAGUCUCCAAAAUUUACAAGAAAGUGUGAAAAAAUGUGUGGUUUUUUUCAUUUUUGUUCCUUGGUUUCUUGAUUUGGACCUCUAAAAUUCAGGUUUUUUCCAUGCUUUUAUCAACAACAAUCUGUGUACCAAAUUUACUUUUCAUUUUGUCCAAAAAUUGAGAUUCUCUUAGGAUAGGAUUGGGUUAUCCAAGUGGGAGAAGCUUCAUUUUCAACUCCUGGCUGCCAGCGACACUAAACCUCUUUUAUAUUCCCUUGGUUAAAAGCUGGCUGAUCUGGCAGUUUUGCUCAGGCAUUGACCUAUUCAAUGGAGGAUUCACAAGAGAAUUGCUAUUACAGGAUGAAAUGAACAUAAACAGCAUUUGCCUGAACAAUGGUAGUAUGUCCAUCACAACACACUUGAAGGGUUUUUUUGAAGCACACCAAAUACUUGGGUUUGAAUCAGACACUGUUUGGAUUGCCUUUAGUCCACCUCCAUCUUCCCACGCUGACUUCUCUGACACGCAGUCAUGACCAAUACUCUAAGCUCAGUAACUUGGUGCCAAUUCCUCUUCAUCUGCCAGAUGCCUUUGACUCUACUGGUUUUCCCUCCUCAAACUCUUGAUCGUUUCUGACUCCUCUAAUUUUUUCCUUUCAUGGAUAAUUUGGUUUUACUCAGUUACGCUUUUUGGCAGUACUUCCUUCAGAAGACCCCCACAGACCUCCUUCCAACUUUCCUCUGAAGUGCUGUGUUGCUCUGCACUUGAUCCCAGUUCCCUUCUUAAUAUAUACUUCACUUUGGAGUGAUUCCUGCCUGGUAAUCCUAGGUCUUCCCACUCUUCCAAGCUAUUUCAGAGAAGUAUUUGUCCUCCAAGUUCCUUUAGCAAUACUCCCUCCAGCCUAUCCUGCUUUUGCUGAUACUACUGCUUUGGUGUCAGCACACCAAAGCUAGAGUAACAACUGGUGACUACAGGAAUGAAUUGUUCCUCUUGACAUUGUUUGGUCAGCCAAGUUUUUCAAGUGAGAUAUGGGUCCUUUUUGCUUUCAAAUGCAAAGAAAAGCAGAAAUACUCAUGCCUCUCUCAGCUGAACUGUGGUUUGUAUGUAUUUUAAGAGAUAGGGAAUUGAGUUUUUACUGGAUACUCAAUCAUAAUUCCAUUACCUGGAGAGUUUUAAAGACAUACAAGAUCAUUAGACAAAAUGUGCAGUAAUCCCUAAUCCUGUAGCUGAGGGAAGAGGUGUCAGCCAGGUACUGAGGGUGGCACAUGCUUGGUACAGGGGUACACUGCUGGAGGGGCUGGAUGGUACAGGUAGGGUUUGGAGCUGCUGCAGCUCUUCCCACAAAGUCGUGCUCCAUGUGUGCCUCAUGUAAACCUAGACUGUUUCAGAGUACACCUGCUGGUUUUGCAGAUAGACCACCUGCUUCAGCAGUUUUCCCCUCCACCCUGGUGGCAUGGACAAGCUCUACUUAAACAGAGUUUAAGUAAUCAAAUUUUGAUAAAAAAGUGUUUGUUCUGCACUGAAAAGAAUACCUUGGGGAAUACAUUUUAAUUGUAAACAUCAUGUACAUAUAGUCACAAAAAUAUUAAAUUUCUGAAACUUCCUUUUGUGGUGUAUUAGGAUGAUAGGAGCCCAGCUGCUCAGAAAAUUAAUCCAAUGCUCUUUCUCUUCUCGCCUCCACUUACUUGGGAGUGGUUCAGCAGAAGAAAGGUCUCCUUUUGAGUAUUUGGAUACUCUAUGUUCAAACCAAAGUUGUGGUUUGUACAAGGCUAAAGUGAAAAACAAUGUAUUAUCUUUCCUCUGCUCUCAAAGCAUUUUCGACAUCUUCUCAGAGGGAGCUCAGAACAGCCGCCGGGGAAGUCAUUGUUGUCACUUCAAACGUGGCUGUCAUCCAGGCAGCAGGCAGAGCACUGUGAGCUCAAAGCUGUGGUAACUUUAGUAAGUGUGACAUUCACUGGGCAGAAUUUGCGGUCCUGUUGCUAUAAUACACAUAUAUUUUUUGCCCAUACGACCAGAGGGAGAGACAGUGAGGCCAUAUACUUCAGCAACUAUGAUUCAGCAUAUUGGGAAGCUCUAUAGGUCUGCAGCAACUUCAUUCCUCUUCUUCUUGGUGCUGGAUGUCGGUGUUACUGGUGGAAGCGCAAGCAAGGAGAAUGCAGCAGCUGUAACUCAUGUAACAGCACAGCCUUUGUUAUUGACAACACUUGAGCCAUGGAACCUUUUGGUGACUCAAACACCAGCCAAGGAGAAAGCCAAAGAGGGUGAAACUGUGGUCUUAAAUUGCCAUUUUAACAGUCCACGACGCCCCUCCCUGAAUGACCUGAUGGUGAAGUGGUACAAAGAAGAUGAAAAGGGGCAGAUGGACCUGCUAGAAAACAAUGUGACCGUCCUGCCAAAUAACUCCAGGGUCUUCAUGAGCGGAGACUUGUCCCAAGGGGAUGCCUCCCUGGUUAUCCUCAAUGUGACAACCAGUGACCAUGGUAUUUAUUUCUGUGAGGUUACACUUCCGGACGGGAAGGUGGUGACAGGAGAUGGCACAAAGCUCAGGAUCAGGAGGGCUCUGGCCUUGUUUGGCAUAGAAGAAUCCAUUGGAACAAUCAUUGGGGUUGUGGCAGCCGGUAUUGGAGGCAUAGUGGUUCUGAUCAUUGUUUUAACCCCGCAGCUGAGGAAGUGCAUCCUCUGCAUGAGACAAGAGUCUCGCCAAAGGUACCUUUUUUUAACUUACUUAAAGAGGAAUUAGCCAUUUACUUAACUCUGGUCAGACAUCGGAUCUAGUUCAGGAAAUAAGCAGUGUGCAUAAAAUGCUAAUGGGGCUUGUUCUAUAUUCCAUCUCUUUUUCAAAUAAUUCUUUGUUUAUGCUCUGUAGACCUUGAUGCAUGGGCCUAAUGAGUUACUUAUAAACAAAACAAUACGAUCUUCUUUAAUUGCCACUUUUGACAGAGUUGUUCAAUGAGAUGCUGCUGCUUCUUUCAACAAAGUCCUAGGACUCAUUCAGUUCUUUUAGAUUUAUGCUGAAGGAUGGUUCUUCCUCCUACCCACUACAUGCUGUGUUCUUGUAAUGCUUAUGUACAGAAAGCCUAUGAUGGCUUAAAUGAGUGAGGUGUGGUUUGUAAAACCCAAUAAUCUCUUUUAUUACAUCAGCUGAUCAGGUUGGAAAAACUAGAGGUUUUCAUCACACAUGAGCCAAAGAAAUGACACAAUAAGAGGCUGAUGUGCCUGAAAGAUCACCUGUUUUUUUUUUUUACAGUUCUGUCAACUAGUCUAGUUUGAGGAGACUGACACAGAAGGCUGGAUUUUGAAGCAAGCUUAGUUCCCAUUUUGUGCAACCCGAGAUGUGGUAUGCGUUUCAGACCGAGCUCAGCUGACCUUUUGGCGUUCAGUGAGGAGAUGUGUGAUUCGUACCUCUUCUCCUGGCACUCAAAGGUCUUGCUCGGCCUGCUGAAAACAAUCCCCUCUCGGAAAGGCUGAAGGGAGAGCUGCUCCUGCCAUUCACUGGAGCGCUGCCGCCACCUGAUGGACAGUGUGGCAGCGACAGGGACGCGCCAGGAGCUCUGCCUCCCUCAACGGGGAGGGUCUUCCACCCCUUGCUGGGAAGCACACUCACUCCCUUAGGCUAAUGCUGCCCACACAGCAUCAGCCCUCUGCAAACCCUCUGCAUGAAGAGUUCACAACUUAUUUACUUGCCAGAAAGCCUCGGAGGAGUUUGUUGUAUUGUACUGACUCUAUAUUGUUCACUCACUCUCUCUCUCCCCUUUCCUUC